UACGGAUCGAGAGCCCUUGAACACCUUUUAAUGUAUCCAAUGGACUUUUGGGAUAGAAUUUAAAAGUAAUAAAAGUGUGUCAUGUUUCUUGGUUUCUUGACGCCACAAAUGUAAUUUUUUAUAUAAUGGUUUCAUCCGAGAUCAAUAAUUAUUCUGCUAAACUGUUAUGGAUUCUUUUCACUACUCUAUUUAUUAUGGCAAUAUGCUCAGUUUUGAUUACACAUCUACUGUUUGGCACCUACCAAUUUAAUCUAGAGAACCCUAGACACAUGUUUGUCAACAACGUAGACAAAUCCAAAGUUUUCAAGCUCAAGGUAAAGGCGUCUAUGAGCAGCUACUUUACAAGAGUUGGUAAUUACAGUUGCUUUAGACAAGGAACGUCUGUGCAGAUGUCAAAAAAGCAGCAGCGCUGUUGUUGCAAACCUAAUUUUUUUGGCAAAGAUUGCGGGAUUCCAGAAUUGAUUUACAACUCUACUACGGCAAUUGAUCGAAUCAAAUACUCCCAACGAAAAAGGAAAAUGGCCAGAAAUUAUAUUACUACAUUGUAUAUUUAGAUUUUGUUUAAAUGUACUUUAAAACAUUAUAAUCUAGUUUUGGGUCACUUCAUGAUGCUUAUUAUGGUUCAGAAUUUUUUACCCUGUAUUUUAUUUAAAAUUAAGGUGCAGUAAAAAUUGAAAAAAUCAUUGAAAAUUUGAUUUCACAAUCCCUCAAGCAAAUCAAAACCAAUAGCUAUGUUUCCUGCUUCAAACUUGUUUAUGAGAAAAAUAAGAAACAGCCUUUCAGUAAAUGCCAUUUUAUUUCCUAACCUCUUUCUAAAAACAAACUUUUUUAAUAAAAAGUUAUUAUCAUGAAGAAAACAGCCUAGUCCUUCAUCUUACAGCGCAUUGGACUGCUAUUUAGUGUUUUUAAUGAACAAAAAAACUAUUUAAGAAAUGAUGAAAAUCAUUAAAUUUCUUGAAUUUGCUUAAUGUCAUGCAUGCUUUUGUGUACAUCUGAAAACAAUUGGUACUGCAAAGAUAAAUAUUCACUCGCAGGGUGGUUUGUUUACAACUGGAGUAAAAAGAACUAUUUAUAAUCAUAGUAUUUAUAGUAUUACUGUAGAAUAUAGAGAGAUUUAAUUUUACGUUGUUUGGAUGCCGUGCAGGGUGUUGCGUUGUCUCCUAUAUAUGUAUGCAGGGGGGCACGAGGAGGGCCUCCGCCCCCCUCCCCUCCUCGCGUGCCUCCCCUGAGGCGGGGAAUCCAUAUAAAAAACUUAAAAAUCUUACUUUUGCCCUUAACUAAAAAAGUUUCA